AUGAGCGCUCUCGAGGAAGACGGCUCAAGCAUCUCUGCUCAGAUAGCCAUCGAGGAUAAGCUCGCAGGCGGAAGGAAACCAAGAGGAGGUGGCAGAGGAGGCAGAGGAGGCGGCGGCGGUGGCCAGAGCAGAGAAGUGCAGGUGUCAAAGACGCUGUCGAAGCUGUUGAGGCAUCAGGCUGCAAAUGCCGGCAUCAAGCUUGACGCGGAGGGUUUUGCAGCUCUUGAUGAGGUGCUGAAUUAUGGUCCCAUCCGGUCUCUCAACGUCACUCUUGCUGAAAUCAAGCAAAUCGUUGCCUCAAACGAAAAGCAGCGCUUCACCAUGAAACUAAACUCAUCACUCUCCGCCGAACUUGUUCCCUCAGACGACAGCGCAACCCCCUCUCAAUACCUCAUCCGCGCCAACCAAGGCCACUCCAUCAAGAUUGAAUCCGCCGCCCUCCUUGAGCCCAUCACCCUCGACGCCGGUAAUGUGCCAUCAAGGGUUCUUCACGGAACUUACUUUGCCUUCUGGCCUGCCAUUGAAGAGUCUGGAGGCCUAAAGGUCAUGGGAAGAAAUCACAUCCACUGCUCAACGGGAACGCCAGAGGAGGGCAUCUUGAGCGGCAUGAGGAAGGAUGCAGAGUUGGUGAUUGAGAUUGAUGUGGAGAAAAGUCUGCAGGAUGGCAUCCAGUGGUGGAAGAGCGACAAUGGAGUAUUGCUGACCGAGGGUGGAGAAGGAGGUGUGUUAAGCACGAGCUACUUCAAGAAGGUUACGGGGCGGAAUAUCGACGUCGGUGUGCUUUGGGAGGACGGGGAGAGAUUAUCAGGCCUUCCCGAGGGGAUCAAGGGAAAAGUUCCGCCGGGCAAGGGGCCUAGAGGGGGGAAUAACAGGAGAGGAGGUGGAGGACGGGGGCGAGGACGGCAAUGA